AUGGUAUUAUAGGUUUAGUUAUUUAUUCAACAAGUUUGGGAAUUUGAAGAGAUGCAAAGUGUUUGCUAAAAGUCGUGGUUCUUUUAGCAAUUAUAAGCUAUUAUGUAUGCGACUGUCAUUGUCCACUUGGAAACUUCGAAGAGCAUGGUCAUUGAUUUCAGUGUCAUGCAUCUUGCAGUCAAUGAGAUAGCUAUGACUCAUGAAUUAAGUGCAGUGAAGGGUACACAAGCAAAGGUGGCCAGUUAUGAGAGUAUCAAGAUUGAGAGCAUGGGAAGUUCUUUUCUCCAUCUCUUGACACCUGUAUUGAUUGACAAGAUAGUUGACUCACUCUAUGAGCAUACCAAGAUCAUUGAAUCCAGUGUCCAUCAGAUAAGAUACUCAAUCUAAGCGAUCUUGCUUGUGUAAAUCACUGCAAUUCAGAGUCACAGAUCUUAAUAAAAUAAUCCUCAGCUCAGAUCAAUGCCAGUCUGAAGAGACUUCGAAUAUUAUAUCAAUCCUAACAGUCAGAGCCCUGUUGAGCUCGGAACUCAGCAACAUCCUUACAAAGAUAUCCAGUCGGCCUUUGUAGAAAUCAUGAAUUUUCACAGUCAUUCAGAUCGCAACGUAACUGUGUUUGUCAUGGAAGGAUCCACAGUAUUUGCAUCGAGCCCCACUUAUUUUGUGAACAUGACUCAUGUGCAGAUUGAAUCUUACAGCGAUAGGGUCCAAGCUCCGAGGCUGGCAAGGAUGGUAGGAGUAAUUGAGAAGUCCAAGCUCAUUGCUCCUGGCUUUUCCACAAAGUUCAACAUACUUGUAAGCCAAACACUAUUACACGACCAAAUGAUCUUUGAAAAUUCUAAACUCGAUAGUGAUGACAAGACCCAGCUAUUAAUAGAGAAUGCUGUGUUCAAACCCUUUCAUGCUGGACUUUUGAUCAAGAACUUCAGAGUGGUUACUCAGUAUGACGACCCAGGGACUGCUCAUGCAAUCUUUGAACCAUACAGAAUUGAUACAAGAGUUGUCGGAAUGGUGAACUGCGACCUCAGGACUCAAGGCACCAUUCUCAAAGCCAUAACAACGGUGUUUAACUGGCAUAUGGAAAAUAUUGUAUUUGAAACCCAGCACUUGUACAGACUGAGUCUAACCAGACUGAGAUGUGGAGAAGAUCACACAGACAUGGGAACCAGAGUGUACUUUAAGAAUGUAACAUCCAUAAACUCUGGGGGCAAAGCUCCAUACUUACACAAUCAACAAUCUCUGACAAGAAACUAUCUCGCAAACAAUGCUCACUUUGAAGACUGCCACUUUGAUACUUACUUAGGAUUUGAUAUCGGGAUCAUCCAGUUUGUGUUUUAUGUAUACCCUCUCAACUGUCAAGAUCAGUCUCACAACACCUGGAAUUUCACCAACUUCCAUUUAACCACGUCAAGGAAUGAGCCAGGUAAGCACAGCAAGUUCAGUGAGACCAAUGAUAUCGCCCUCUGAAGACUCCCUAAUCCACAAGGGAACUUCAACGUGCACAUCAAUAAUUUUACUGUGAUCAAUGAUUCAAACAACAAAUUCGGCCACCUAAUAGCUUGGUAUGCUUAUAACACAACUUUCUACAUUGACGGGGCCAGGUUCUACAAUUCAUCCGGCUGGAUGAUUAACUUUAUUGCUUCCAAAAAUAUCACUCUCAAAAAUGUUCACUUUGAAAAUGUGCGAGUGGACACACCCAAUUUGUCAUUUGCGCUUGCUGAGAACAAAAUAGUGUUUGAUGGAGUUAUUCUUAAAAAUGUGACGGAUACAAAAGCAUAUUCUAAUCCCUUGCUUCAAAAUGUUAUCACUGGAGACUCUAAAGUUUCAUUUACAAACGUAGUAUUAGCUAAUUCAACAAUUCUGGAUCGAAGAGCAGUGUUCUAUGCUUCAGCAUCAUCUCAGAGUACAUUCCUUGCUGAGAAUAUUCAUAUUGAAAACUUUGAACUGUAUGGAGACACUGCAUUUGUUGGCUAUGGUAUCUUCAAACAAGCCAACUUCACUAAUAUCCAUGCUCUAAGAACUUAUUCUAGAGAUGGAGGUGAGAACUUCUUGAUUAAAAGUGAUUACAGCUCCGAAGGGCUUGCUCCAGAUAACGCCCAGAUAUUCAAAGAUAUUUUGGUGGAACAAUCCACAACUCAAGUAGUAUCGGUGUCUAAACCUGACGCAUAUAUUGACACAACUCAGUCGUUGUUAAUAUCAAAUGUGACAUACAGAAACUCACUAAUCACAUUUUCAACCGAUCUCAUCAAGAUAUACAAAAUGGCAACAGUAGGGUCAUAUUCAAUUGAGAUGAGCAGUGUUACAUUCACAAAUCUGACAUUCCAGCUUCCAUCUAAUCUAAUGCAUCUUCAACAGCAACUGAAGUCUCAAGCCUUGAUCAUCAACCUCACAAUAGCCGAUGUUGUGAACGCUGGAGUUACUGUGCAAGCUUACGAAUCUAACGACUUCUUCAACUACACUCGCAUCAAGUUCACCAACUUCAGAGCUAUCAACAUUGACGGUGGUUCUAGGUCUCUGAUCAAUAUUUACAGAGGUGCAGACAUCGAAAUCAUUGACUCAAAUUUUUCUUUUAUCGGUAACUACCACCAAGGAGCUGUCUUGUCAGCCGGUAAAGAGAGAGCUGUAGCAGUCCUGACCAACUGCACGUUCUUCAACAACACAUCAGUGGAAGGAGCAGUCUUUGAAGCACAAGCAGAGAGCAACAUUGUGUGAAGACACUGAACAUUCUACAAUAACUUUGCUAUCGCAGGAGGAGUGAUCAAGAUCAAUGGAGAUGGCAUGUUUAAGCUAUAUAAUGCAACCAUUUAUAAUAACGUUGCAAUGACAGGAGCAGUCGCUGAGUUGUUCUCAUCACAAUUACUAAGUGUGAUAGACAAGUCAAAGAUUUUUGAAAAUUACGGAAUCACAAAGCAACAAGUUGAGCAUGAAAUACUAAUGCAAAAUUAUAUUUUUGACAGCUUUAGAAGCUAUCUAACAAAUAAUUCUUACUUAACUCUCUCAGAUUCUGCUCCAGGUAGUUUUAAAAUAGUGUUGGGGAAGUUUGCAAUCUCUAAUUCUGAACUUGUUUACCAAACAGAGUUAAUUCAUGGAACAGGAUCGAGUAUAUCGAUUAGUAAUUCUUCAAUUGGAGACAUUACACUUGCUUCACAUUUCGCAGGAAUUAGUGAAUGAGAUUUCUCAAUUAUUAAUACAAGUUUUGAUAAUAUUUUCUGAGAAAAUGGCAUCCAUGAAGUGUUCCAUCUCGUCAACACAUAUCUUGAAGUUGACUCUAUGAAUUACACAAAUUCAAAUUGUAGACUCGUUAAUUCAGGCUUUUCCCAGUUAAAUUUGAAGAAUCUGCACAUCAAGAGCGUAAAACUGGAGAGAGUGAACCUUAUGACUAUUUUCAAAUCCAAAGCAAGUAAUGCUAAUAAUGAUGGCAAGCUUGUACAGACAGCAAUACUUGACUCUUCAUUUGAAAACAUUACCAUCAUAGAAGCUCAUCUGAUUUCUGUAAAGAAGUCAGAAAUCAAUCAGAUUAAGAACACACAUUUUGUGAAUAUCAGUAGUCAAAUUCUCAAAGUUGAAGACUCGAGAAUCUAUAGCAUUGAUAAAACUUCAUUCAAAGAAAACCUAAAGUGUCUCUACUUUAUAAAAUCAGUAAUUGACCUUAUUCAUUCCUCAACAUUCGAGUCGUGUGGAGAGGAGGAAGUAGUUUCCGGUGGAGCCAUCAGACUAGUGGCGAGUAAUUCAACAAUAUUUCACUCUCACUUUCUUUCAAACAAAGCAAAAAUUGGAGCUAGUAUUAGUGUUGAGUGUGAUUUUGAGAAGCCUUGUACAAACACUUUCAUAAAUCUUGUGAUAGAACACAAUGUUGCAGCUGAAAUGGGUGGUGGGAUAUAUUACAACCUGUACAGACCCAAUAUGAAAGAUAUUAAAAACUUCAACAACAGUGCUCAAUAUGGUCCUAACAUUGCUAGUUAUGCAGUUCGGGUUGCUGAAUCAAAGACACAUAGCUAUCAGAUUUAUGUCAAUGAUAUUCCUAGUGGACUGAAAUAUGAAAACCCGCUGCAUUUUGAAAUAGAGGAUUAUGAUCAUCAAGUAAUGAACCUCAUCAGCUCUGUAAACCUCAAAAUUCUAUCAGAUAAUCCCAGACUCUCGGUUAAAGGGACAGACUUUGCGGUAAUAAAGAAUGGGAAAGCAACAUUUGAUAACCUAAUUUUCAAAGGCGAAGCUGGAUUAAGGAACAAUACAUUCAAACUCAAAACAAUCAGUAUUAACAAGAAGAAGAUUAAUAAAGCGUUAGGAAAUUUACAAGGAAUAUAUAAUAACUUCAUUGAUAUUUCAUUCAGACAUUGCAAACCAGGAGAGAUAGAGACAGCUCAGAAACAAUGAGAUAAAUGACAGUUUAGAUCUUACACCUUGGGAUGGAACUCCACCAAUUGCAAUCCUUGAAUGGACUAUGCAACCUGAAUGGGAGAAGCUCAUAUAGAUGUUGACAGUGGAUAUUGGAGGAAAACAACCAAUUCAUCUCUCAUUGUAGAAUGACCAAACAGAUACGCUUGAGAAGGAGGAUACAACCUAGAAAAUUCAGAAUACCCUGUAAAAUGAAGAGAGGGAUAUAAAGGCAUUUUAUGCAGCCAAUGAGCUAUUGUUGAUGGAGUAAAAUAUCAACCUCUCUCAGAAUUUCAAUGUAGUAAAUGCCCAAACCCUGCUUUGAACGUAUUAAGAAUUUUAAUUGUGGCCACAGCAGCCUUUUGCUUCUUACUACUUCUGAUCUACAUAAAUCUUAGAAAGAAGAAAGAAAGUGAGAUAUCAAUUCUCCUUAGAAUCCUAACAAACUACAUUCAUUUGAUAGCAGUUUCCUUAUCAUUCAAUGUCAAGAUUCCUCAAAACUUCACAAGAAUGUUCUCAUUUUUCAACAGAAUUUCUUCUCCAAACGAGACAUUUUUCUCGUUUGAUUGCUUCAUCGAAGAUUACGAGAUAAAGCUGUUUGCUCCUUCGAAUAGCUUGUUCAAGAUGUCUCUAUAUAUUAUCCUCCCAUUUGCCUUGAUAGGGGCAAUUAUUGCCUUAUUCUGAGCAAUCAAGCUGGGUCAUAUCAUUCUUCAUUAUAUCAAGAAGGAGUGCAUGAAUAGGAAUGCCGAGAGAACCAACUUAUUCGAUUUCAAGAGAGCCCUAAUAGUCUCAAUGAUUUGCAUCAUCUUCUUGUUCCAUCCUGCCUUUACAGUGAAGUCUCUUUCUAUCUUCUUAUGCACUGAAAUAGACCAGAACGAUUCUAGAAUGACUUAUCACAUGGAAUACAAGUGCUAUUCAUGGGAUCACAUAAAGUGGAUCAUGAUUAUUGCAUUGCCUCUUUUAGUCAUCUGGGUAAUAGGACUUCCAAUAAUUGCUCUUUGAAUUCUCAUUAAAAGCCGAAAACAUCUAGAAAGCUCUAAAAUACAUCGCUACUUUUUAAUGCUUUACCAAGGAUUCAGAAAGGAAGUGUUUUACUGGGAAUUUGUAAACUUAUUCAGAAAGUUUGCAAUAUUAUCAGUCAAUUCAAUACUGAACCUCUUCUCUCCAACUUACAAAAUAAUGGUUUCUGUCGUCCUUCUCAACAUAUUCUACUACACCCAAAAGCACAUGAGUCCAUACAAGCUGGAAGAGAAUAAUAAGCUAGAUCUCUUGAGUAUCACUAUGGGCACAGUCACUCUUUUCUCAGGCAUAAUAUUCUCAAGAACCACAGAGGCUCACUCAGGAUUCUUUAACUUAACACUGCUGAUGAUCUUCAUCUUAAAUAGCUACUUCAUCCUACGUUGGAUUUACCAAGCUUUGUUAGUUUUAGAAUGGACCAACAAGAAGUAUUUGUUCCUGCUCAGAGUAAUCAGGUUCCUUCUCUGCACGAAAGAGAAGAAAGGCUAUUUCGAUCAGAAAAAUCUUCAGGAAGCCAAAUUUUGUGGCCAAAUACAGCCAAGACAGAAGUAUCGUUCAGGGACAAGAAUCCUGUUGAGACCAAAAUCAAGAUUUCAGAAAAAGAAGAGGAAAAGAAAUAGAAGAUAUAAGAAGAAAGCUAUCUGAAGCUCAUUUAGAAAACAGAAUAGAAGAGAGAGAAGCCAGAGUGACAUGACAAAACAGGAGUCGAUUAAAAAGAGUAAAAAUGUUGAUAAUCAAAGACAUAAAGUUUUAUGCCAAAAAGCGAUGUCUUCGAUACUUAAAAACACAAAUAACACAGAAAUUCGUAUGAUUCCACCUUCUCAGACAUCUUUCAGAGUGCCUAAUCUACUCAAUAUCAAAGAUGACCCCUCCUACUUCUACAAAGACUCUGAAGAAUCAGGAUAAACAUGGCCAAAUUCAGCUCUUUCCAUUCCAAGUCAAAUUCUUUAAUUUUUGGGAUAUUUCCAAAAUUUCAUCUUUGGAGUACCAAAUUAAAUAAAAAUUAUC